AUCAUGGUGGAAACAGCGUGUUAGCUGUGAGGAUAGAGUCAACGUGGAUAAACAACUUUACCCAUUUCUGAAUACCAAUCCGCGUAGAUGACACCAUUUAAACGCUAGAUAAGCGUUACUAUUUCUAUUAACACCAGAAGUGUGUUCACAUCGAUCCAAUAAAAAAACAAUGCCUAACAGAAGGAAGAAGCCAUUCAUUGACAAGAAGAAAGCUGUGACCUUCCACCUGGUUCACAGAAGUCAGAGGGACCCGCUCACUGCUGAUGAGAAUGCCCCCCAGCAUGUCCUAGUAGAACAAAAGGUGGAGGUGGAGAAGAGGCAAGAGGAACAGAGGGAGUUUGGUGUAUUCUUCGAUGACGAUUACAACUAUCUGCAGCACCUGAAAGAGAAGUGUCGGACCGUAGAGUGGGCCUCGUCUGGCAGGUCACAGGGAGGCAAACGUCCCCAUGACCUCCAGGAUGGGGGGGCCGAUGACGACGAGGAGGAGGAAGAAGAAGAAGUCGAUGAUGAGGAAAAUUUUACUUCUCAGACCGUCUCUUUCAGCCUGCCCUCAUCUGUGUUUGCGUCCGAGUUUGAAGAGGAGGUGGGAAUGCUGAACAAAGCUGCACCGAUCUCAGGUCCUAGGCUGGACAUGGACCCAGACAUUGUAGCUGCUCUGGACGAGGACUUUGACUUUGAUGACCCAGACAACUUGCUGGAGGACGACUUUGUUUUGAAGGCAAAUGAUGUCAAAGGAGCUGUUGACGUGGAUGACGACGAUGAUGAAGAGUGGGAGGACACAGACGAAGACGAGAGCGACGGCGACUUUGACUCUGAGGGUGGCGUCUCUGGGGAUGAGGACGGCAAGGGGAGCCCCCGGGAGUUCAUGUUCAUGGACGAGGAGACCAAGAGUCGCUUCACUGAAUACUCUAUGACUUCAUCAGUCAUGAGGAGGAACGAACAGCUCACCCUGCUGGACGAUCGCUUUGAGAAGUUUUACGAGCAGUUUGACGAAGAUGAAAUUGGGGCCCUAGACAACGCUGAGCUGGAAGGGCAUAUCGAGCCUGACAGUGCUCGUCUAGAGGAGGUCAUCAAAGACUACUUCAAACAGAAGAAGUUAGACUACCAGAGGCCCGAUGACCUGGGUCCUAAAGUUCUGCCAGUGGUUAGGGAGGAGGAAGACACUGAUGAAGAUGAUGAUGAGCAGGAGAUGGAGGCCAUUGUUCUGGAGGCACCAGCAGAGAAGUGGGACUGUGAGACCAUUAUCAGUACCUAUUCAAAUUUGUAUAACCAUCCAAAGGUCAUCAAAGAUCCACCAAAGGCUAAGCCCAUCCGAGUGUCCACCAAAACAGGCAUUCCUCUGGAAGUACUUCCCAGGAGGGGCCUGACAGCCAAGCAGGCAGAACGCAUGGAACGGAUUAACGACUCGGACCUGCCCCGUGUCGCCACACAGCCCCGCCCCCGCGAGGAGAGCAAGGAGGAGCGGAGGGCCAGGAAGCAGGCUAUCAAAGAGGAGCGCAAGGAACGAAGAACAGAAAAGAAGGCUAACAAACUGGCUUUCAAACAGGAAAAGGUCUAUCAAGAAAAACAAAUGUUGAGCCUGCGUGUUAAUGUCCAGGGUCUAAAGCUGUCCUAGCUGCCCGGACGGACCACAACAUGUAUACCAGACAUUGUGCUUGCCACAUUUACUGAGUGUUGAUUGGCAGCAACCCUACAACAGCACAGUUAAACCCCAAUAUAAGAGGAGUAUGGGUGGUCUGCCUUUGUUGUGGAGUGUUCAGAGAUUUAGCUAUAUCCUCGUCCCAGAUUGCUUUGUGCUUUUCCCAAGUCCUAUGGUCUUCCUAAUGAUUGUCAUGGUUAGUGUGAUACCACACAAAGUUCUGGAACCAGGGUAAUUCAGCACAUUUUGGAGAUUGUUCUAACUGUUCCAUAGUUAAGGCAAUCUUUAGCUUGUUGUUCAAUAACAAUUUGUACCUUAAACAAUAAAGGUAAAUAUUAUUCUGCAGUUUUGGUGAAAAAUCUUCAGAAUUCUAAAUAUGGGAUAUUUGGUGAAACGUGACAUUCAUUUGAUAAUUGCAUAACCAAUAACCUCUUAAAAAAUCUUUGACUCCAGAGUAAAGUUUAAUGAAGACUUUCAGACAUUAGAACUGGAGAUUGACCACACACAAAACCAUACAAAUACAACAACCAAUCAAGAAAUACGGAAAAUAAUCAUAUACAAAGUGUCACUAAUUAUGUAUUCAGAUUUGAUCCAUGGAAGUUUGAUCCAUACAGGGUAUCUUUACAGAAUAUGUCAUGUGAGAUGGUCACAAAUGUAAAUAAAGUUGUUCCCAGGCAUUCCAUUAAUCCAGUAUUACAGGUUGACAAAUGUUGGCAGAGCUGCCCCAUUGUUUUCCGUACAUAGCUGUGGAAUGCUGUGCAUUGGCCCUUUUAUAGGCUUUGAGCAUGUGUACCUUAUUUUGUCACACCUCACCUUCAUGUAGUAAAAAUAUGAGGCAUGUUU